GGAUAUGCGCGCAUCAUUCUGGCUGCGCUGUCGCUGCACUACAUGACAUAUCAUCCGAAAUACUGCACGGUGUUGUACUGUAUCUCCUGUCUACUGGACGCGUUCGAUGGGCACGCCGCGAGGGCGUUGGGUCAAGCUUCGAAGUUCGGGGCUGUCUUGGACAUGGUCACUGACCGCUGUACAACAACAUCACUCCUGUGCUACCUCACAUCCGCAUAUCCGGAAUGGGCCCUUGGAUUCCAGUUCCUCAUCGCCCUCGACUUCAGCAGCCACUACAUGCACAUGAACAGCUCUCUCGUUACCGGCUCGAAAAGUCACAAGCAAGUGCAAAGUGACGUCAGCCGUCUUCUGCGAGCUUACUACAACCCCACUACUCUCUUCAUCGUCUGCGCGGGCAACGAGCUCUUCUACAUCGCGCUCUACCUGAUGAAGUGGGUGCACACGCCGCUCUCAGAGUCGCUCGGCCCGGUUGGGUUCGUGGGCGCGUACACCUGGCCCGAGCUGAUGGCGUGGGUCUGCGGACCUAUUUGUGCCUACAAAAAUGUCAUCAACCUGGUCCAGCUGUGGAAGGCAUCCAAGAUCCUGGUCGGUGUUGACCUGGCGGAGCGGGCGAAGGCGAGGGAGGAAGAGGCGCUUCGCACGAAGCAGGAUUAG